AUGGCGGCCCGACCCUCGCCUCACGCCCGGCCCGGCCCGGCCCGGCCCGGCAGCCAGUCCAAAUCCCCCGCGCUGAGCCCUGCGCGCCGCCACCGGGCCGCGCUUCCGGCGGCGCCGCGGCUGCCGGGAGCUGUAGUCCGGGCGGCGGGGCCGGGGCCGGGGCCGGGGCUGAGCCAGAGGCCGAGCCAGAGCCGGGCCAGGGCCAGACCGCCUCGCCGGGCCGCGGCGGAGCCCGCCGGCGCCUCAGCCCCGUCUCCCACCGGUGCCGCUUGCUUUGCAGCGUCCGUUUUGGUGUUCCAAGGGAACGGCCGAAAACGAAGGUGUCGACACAAAACCCGCACCGGGGGCGAGGCCGACGAGGAGCACGGCCGUCGGCUGGUCACCGAACCCCGGUGCCAGGCUUCGGAAAGCGGCUCCCGGGGAGACGUGCCCAGCCGCACCCCCGGGCACGGCAGGAACGCGGUGUACGUCAGCCCUUUGCUAUGGGAACGACCUUCCGCACAGGCACACACAGGGCUGUGUUGGGUUGCCAUGGAAAUGAGCAUCAUCAUCAUCAUCAUCAGCUCCGUCCUGGGCAUGGCCAGAUUUGACUCUCUGAUUCCUGCAGAGGAGACAUCACAAAACCCAGGCUAAAAAUACAUGGCCUUACGGAGGAAAACCAAAAAAAUGGCAGGUAGCAAUGGUCAUGGCUGCAUACUGCCGAUGUGGCUUCAGAAGGUUUAAUAAUUGCCUCGGUGUUUGGGGGAACUAAGCACAUUGCCAAAGUCACAUAGGAUAAAAUUGCAAAACAAAUUGCACUGUCUUGGUGCAAUUCAAAUUUCAGAAGCCAGCCACGUACCAAGGCCUGCACCAAGGCCAUGCCGGCAGUGCACACGUAGUGCCCAUCACACAGGGUGCUCACUGAAGGGGAACGGCAUCAGUCCUCUUGCAGAUGGUCCACUGCAAUGCACUGAUACACUUCACUCCACACUGCAUGCUGUUACGAAUACUCCUGUUGAUUAAAUUCAUUGUAGCAGAGGUUUUUACACACACACACUGCAUAUUUAACUAUUUUGUAUAUUAGUCUGCAGAACAAUAAUGCCUCCCUUUGCUUCCUUCAUUUCACAGGUUUGUUUUAAGCACUUCACUUUUGUAGCUGCUGGUGACUCAAAUGUGCUGUUAUCUGAAAUCCAUGCGCAUGCAUGCCUGAUCUUUCCUAUGAGUUUUUGUAGCAGCGUAA